GCGCUGGUAUAUGUCAGUCCGAAGUAAAACUUUCCCUGAUGAAAAAGAAACCUCUCUAUCAUAAUAACAUUUCUAGCAUUGUUUUUGUGGGUUCUCAGUCUAUACACCCAUGUGAAUACAAUUUGGAUCUCUAUUUCGAAUUAUAUUGGACGACAGACGGAUGUUGACCCUUGUGGAAUACUGAGCUCGAGCGGUGGGCUUUCCUGAAGUUAGCUGUAGCUAACGCUCACGCAAGCAAGUGCCUUUCGUUGUAAUUAUAUCGUUUUCGGUUUAGCCAGUAAGCUUGCUAGUUAGCUCACUGGCUGUUAUUAGCUUGUUGGCUAGGCAGCUCCCGUCAAAAUCUAGAUAAAUCAGACAAGAUUAGUUGUCAGCCAUUGGUAACAUUUACCUCACGGUGGACAUCUCCGACAUUAUCGAUAACGUUAUAGAUGUUUUUGUUUUGAAAUUGAGGUCAGUGCUUCCGUGUUUAUUUUACGUCAUCCACCUCCAAUUAAGUUGGAUGCCCGUCAAUGUGUUCCAUACCACAAUAUAUUUGAUUUGCUAGCAGCAAUUCUUCUGGCAAAUUAAUGGAUAAGCUUCAGGACCUCAGCCAAUCCGAGUUGCAGGAUUUGCUGGACAACUCGGAACGGGUGGAGUCGAUGGCACUGGAAUCAGAUGAGAUUCAAAACAUCCAGCUGGAGCGGGAGAUGGCCCUGGCCUCCAACCGUAGCCUGGCUGAGAGAAACCUGGACAUGAAGCCGAGGCUAGAACGGGAGAGGGAACGCCUGGUGGAGCGCUACUCAGAGCUGGAGGAAGUGCAAGACAAAUAUAAGCAGCGGUGUGCUCUCAGAGACAAUGUAAUGGGGCAGGUGUCACCGGAGAUGCUGUUCUCCCGUCUUCAGGCAGAGGGCACUAGCACAGAGGCAGAGUCUGAGACACUAGCAGAAGAGUUUCUGGAAGGUUCUUUGUCUCUGGACUCUUUCCUGGAUCGCUUCCUUUCCCUCCGCUCCCUUGCGCACAAAAGACGAGUACGGAUAGAGAAGCUGCAGGAGGUUUUACGCCAAAAGAGCCAGGCGGUAGGUGACAACGCGGCCGCCAUGACGACAACGCCCUGCGCCAACCAGGAUCCAGCGGUGACAUCCUCGCCCUGGCAACCAGGCCAGACGCAGCCGCAGCCGCAGAGCGUGGCCAAGUCCAGCGGCAGCUUCUCAAACUCCCCCCAGAAUCCCUCCGGCUCGGCUCUGCCCUACAGCCCCUUCCCCGUGUCUCCCCCCUCCCAGCCCUCAAGCGCUGCCGCAGCAGGCCCCGCCAAUCCCCCUUCUCAGUUUCCACCCUACCCCAGCCCGGGGUCCUCUUUCACCCCUGCAGCAGGAUAUGCCGCCUCCCGGCCCAGCUUUGGCCCUGGGCCCUGCCCUUACCCCACCCAGCCAGCUUUCUCUGGCAUCCCCGGGCCUCCCUUUGGGCAGUUUGGCCCCAGCCCAGCCCCCUACCCUUCUGCGUAUCCCUACCCGGCGGGCUACAGCUACCCCACUGGGCCCAGCUUGCCGCCCUCCCAGCCAAACGCGGGCAGGCCUGUCUACCAGUCUGGAUUCAGGGUGCCGCAGUCCUACUCCUGAGUCCCUCUGUCCCUCUCACCAUCCUCUCUUCCUCUGCCUGGCUCUCUCUUUCAGUCAGCCUAUUAUGCUGUCUCUUUCAUCCAUUUGUCUCUCUCUCUCUCUCUCUCUCUCUCUCUCUCUCCUCCCCCCGCCCCCCUCUGUCACCUGGGUUCUGUCCCACCAUCCUCCUCGCCCCCUCUUGUCACGUUUCCUUCGCUCCUGGCGUCAGAUUUGUGGUUUGCCCUACCUACCUGCGCUCCUUCCUCUUCCUGUGUGAAGCUUGAAGGGUGUGCAAGCCUUGGUUCACCCUGCACUCCUUUUGUUCUCCUCCUUACCCUCGUAUUCACACGGAGGCCCCCCCACGAGGAGUGUAAGGCAACGCAGCCAGGUGAUGGGACAGUCCUUGUCCUCCAGCAGGCUCCAAAGCACUCCUUAUGUCGCACACAUCAUCAAGUCGGACUUCUUCACAGGACGCACCUUGGAAGCAGUGAUUGCGUUUGAAAAAUGUAAACGUUUCCUUGUUUCCUGUCAGAAAGUGUUCAACUGUUCUGACUUGUUUUGUUUUGUUUUGUUUGGUUUUAUAAAUCAUCGUAUUUGUGCAUUAACAUUUAAGUGUUGGGAAGUCAUGACACUACACUGGUAGUGAGUGCAGCAUCAAUGACACGACUGGCUGUGAAAACUCACCACUCCUCCGAUCAUCAACCCGUCCCUCCUAUGUGCAAACCCACAGCACCAUGCCCUCUCUAGUCACCUGAUAUCCUAUUGUGACAUCCAGCCCAUAGGUGGCCCUCAGAAGCUUCCCCAUCACAGCAGUGCGGGGGCUCCACAGUUGUUGUCUUGUCUUGAUCUCAGACUGUCAUCUUGAAUGCCGUAGUUGGCCAUAAUCUCAACUCUGAUUGCUUUCAUCUUUUCCUGGUUUACAUUGACGGUAUCUCCCUUACUCCCCAAUUGUUCCUUCAUCUGUCCCUCUGAUAAACCUCUUCCACUUCCCAUGUACUGCUUGACAACAUAAAUCAACGCUUGACAAUGGUGAGAAGACAUAGUUUAUUUCUGUAAGUUCACUACCAUUUGAGAAUAUAUGUGAUUUGUAUGAUAAAUGAAAAUACUACUAACAGGAAUCAUUAAACAAGGGAAGUAUAUAACAUAUCUUAUUCUACUUCUUUAGCACCGAAAGCACACUGAAGGGAACGAUAGAUGGGGGCCCUAAGGAUGGGCAUGAAAAUGUUGGGUGAAGAGGCUACGCAGCACCCCUCUGAUUAUGCAACCAGCACCCGUGAGCUAGGGGUAUGCGAUAUCGAAAAAUAAAUAUCUCGAUAUUUUCUGGGAUUUUGUUGUUAAUCUUAAUUAGGUGAUAUUUUGCAUCUUUAAAAAGUUGUUUUAUACAACUCGUAUCAGUAUCUUUUAUAUGAGAGAUGGUGCUUAUCACAUCUGAGAUGUCAGCCAAAUUUGGUGACACGAAUGCUAUUUUGGAACAAUGAAACACGUUAAGCCUUUUCCUUAUUCUGGGCGUCAACAUUUAACAUACUAAACUACAAUUAAGUUAUUAUUGUAGACAAUAUAUACUGUAGAAUACAUAUCGCACACCCCUACCAUGAGCCCCCACCCCACCCCCCCAACCCCACCCCCCAUGUCAGCUAAUGCACCUCCCUAGUUCUCCUCUAUGCAGAUAUGUGUUACUGUCAAUGGUCAAGGCAGCAGAGUUGAGACAUUUUAGUUUCAUUUGAAGAGAAGAGUAAAAUUAGUCCUGGUUGAUACAGGCUGUAUUAACUGGUGUUGUGCUGAUCCGUAUUUGGGUUUUUGGGUUAAAAUCAGCAAUUACUGUAUAAGCGGUUGGGUUGGUGGGGGAUCUAAACCAAAACAAAGCGUAUAUCAAACGGCGCGUUCAGGUGUGCGCGGUGAAGGGUCGUCGUGGCACCAUGCGUCACUCUGAGAGGGUGUUCCGUAGCCUCGGCGCCAGGGCCCCCACCCUGAUGGCAGCGCACCAACUCACUCACCGCCAUCACAGACAGGCUGGCCAGCAGGCCGACCGCCGGUGCCACUGAGCUCAGGCUGGCACUCCACCGGCCCGCCAAGCCAGCCAGCACGCCUCAGCCCAACCCAGCUCCGCGCUGAGGCUCCCCGCCCGCACCAGUCGGCUCUGACCCCAGUCCCAGAGCAGGUGUCCGGCUCUUUUUAUUUUUGUACUUUGAAGCAAUCCUUGACUAAACCAACAAAGAAACAAAAAAAAAAAAGAAGAAAAUGAGAAGAAAAAAAUAAAGAUAUCAACACGGGACUGAUGGGCAUUUCAAUCAAGCCCACCUUGCCACUGGCUUUAAUGAACCAACAGACUCAGUAAUUACGACUCAGGUGGUGCGAAGCCCGGACACCUGGCUACCGGCAGGAAGGAGUUGUGCCGAGGCCCGCGAUCUGAUCGAGGGUGGGGAGGGGGAUGGGGUCGUUGUCGUAGAAGCACAAAGAUGUGCCUCGUUAGGGAUAAAACAAAGAGAAAUAAUCAUUUUAAAAAAAGAAAAAAACAAGAAGAAUAUAUUGGUUUGGUGGUGAUGACUGUAGCCUGUUUCAAAGUGUUCUUUUUUUGAGUGUGAGUAAUAAAACACUGAAGUUGA